AGAGCUCAGCUGACUAGAUAUUUGGAAGGCCACCAUCACCUAAGGAAUAUUUGGAGGUUCAGCUGAUUGGGAGGGGAAAUAGGUACCAGGCAUGAAAACAAUAAAUAGGGACAAAAAGCCUGAGAUCAAGCAGAUAAAAAGAAAUAAGGUAAAAUAAAGGGAACAAGCAGAGGCUAAAACAAGGGUAGGAACCUAAGACAAAACACAAAAAGGACAGUGCUUAAGUAAAAGAAGAGUGAAAAGGAGAUUUUUCUGACAAGGAGUGGAACAACAAAGUAGAGUAAAACAGUAAGAAUUACAGGAGAUACAAAGUUUUAAGUUGUAUCAGAGAGGAUGAAGUUGAGCGAGAGGAAGGCGGCGUUGCUGGCCAUCACAGAAAACAUUGAGAUGGACUUGUUCUCUUCAGUGGAGAUCUGCAUGGCGAUAUCAACACAGGAUAAGGAGGAAGAAUGCAGCUUUGAAAAGAGACACCUGGAGCAUCCUCUGGUCCCUGACUGUGAGGAGGAACCAGAGCCGCAAGUUCAGACCCAACCCAAGCAGCCGGCCAAGCCUGAACCAGAGCCUCCCGCUAAGGAAGAGGCCAAGCACUGCCCCCCUGUCCCAGGAUUCAUGGAGGAAAUUGAGAUAGAAAUGGAGGUGUUUCCUCCCCUCAGAGUGCCUGAGCGUGAGCUAAUGAUGAAGUCAGAUGAUCUUUCCAUCAUGACCCCGCUGUCCCCAAACAAAGUUAGUUAUCUCAAAUGGAAGAGACUGACUCCGCAGAAGACAGGACUGGUGGUCAAAGAUGUGGUCUGUCUACCUAGAGGACACUACCUGGCACAGCUGGAGAGAUACAUUGUUCCACGAAACAAAGAACGAGCAGCUCUAGUAGCCAUGGGAAUGACUGCUCGCAUCACCAUUGACUGUGGUUGGUCGGCCAAUCAGAUGGAGAGUCGGUUGGCAGCGCUCUUCCGGGAGCGGUUUGUAAAACGGUUCUCCUUCACAUAUCUACAGUGUGUGCAGGGCUCCAGGGUGCUGUUUGUCCCAGACACGCCUGCAGAGGGCUGGACUGGAGAGCAGGUAUUAAGGAUCUCUGGACAUGGUGCUUUGUACAUCCUCAGCCACCAGGACUACCUACAGGCAGAAUCUGAGAGGUCAGCAAGUGAGACACCCGAGGUGAACAGGAAGGAGUUUUGUAUAGAGGCCAGCACAGAGAGCUGCCUGGAUGAAGACAAUCAGCUGGGAAGACAAACCGAGCCUCAUGUUGGCAGCACCACAGAGGAGUUCACACUUGACCUGGACUCCAUCCUGAGAUUGUUCAGACAGGAGAACAUGAAUCGAGACAUAGAAACCCACAUCCAGGUGAGGAGGAGAGACCUGCUCCACAGCGCUCUGAAGGCGGUGAGGAGGCCGGGCUUCUGUUUCAGGAUGACACCCAUAAUCUCCUUCAUUGGAGAGGAGACUGAUGGCCAUGAGGGACCUCUCAGAGAGUUCUUCAGAUUGACUUUACUGGAGCUGCAGCAAAGUUCUGUGUUUGAGGGUCUUCCAGGGCGUCUGUUCUUGACCUAUGACCUCACAGCUCUUGAAGACUGGAAGUAUUACGAAGCAGGCGUUCUGAUUGGCUGGUCUCUGGCUCAGGGCGGGCCUGGACCUCGUUGCUUACACCCUGCACUCUACCAGUUGAUGUGUGGCCAGAAUCCAUCUUUGGAGGACUUCAGCUGGAGUGACAUUGUUGAUGCUGAAGCACAGAUCCGACUGCAACAGCUGCAUAGUUGUACUGAUGUGAAGCUGCUGUCUCCCAGACUGUGUGACUGGGUGUCAAGCUGCGGGGUCCCUGGAAUCUAUUCAGCCCAUUCUGAUGGAAUACCAGCCAUCUAUAGCCGCCUUGUCAAACAUUACAUCUAUCACAGGGUGGCCAGUAUGAUCUCCCAGUUCACCGAGGGGCUGAACAGCUGUGGUGGAUUGUGGAAUACGGUACAGUCUCACUGGGAGGUGUUUGUGCCAGUGAUGACAAGUGCACAGCAGCAGCCUCUGACCCUGGAAGAGUUCAAACAACUUUUCACUGUCAGCUACAGUCCCCCAGACAGCCAGCCAAGGGCUGCUGAGGAGGCAACAGUUGGACACUGGGAAACAGUCCUCACCUUGGUCAGUGAUGGUCAGGCAGAUUUUUCCUUUGAGGACCUCCUCGCCUUCAUCACAGGAGCUGAUCGUCUGCCUCCUCUUGGGUUCCCCAGAUUGAUCUCCCUACGUUUUUACUCCCAGGAUGCAAGCAUGUCAGGUGUGCGUCUGCCCUACGCCUCCACCUGCGCUCUGGAGCUUUUCCUGCCGAGGGGAGAGGCAGGGGCUGCAGACCUGUUGAUGCUGCUGAGCAGAGCCGUGCACGAGGCCCUCGGCUUUACACGUUUCCAGAGAGAUGGAGAUGGAGAGGUGAUAAGCUGAAGUGGACGCCCUCCUGGAUACUUGACGUCUUGCUGAAGCCAACUUUGUGGAGCUAGGAUAUGAACAAUGUGACUGAGAAGAAAGCAACCCCACAGAUUUUGGUAUAGGUGCUAGUCUGUGAGUAGUUUGUUACUAAUUAGUCACUAAAACUCAUGUGACCUAAUGAGUGAGCUUAGACCAAUAUUUGUAUUGUUUAAGGCUUUAUUCAUUCAGAGUCAGAUGUAUAAUAGCAGCUGUGCACAUACUGUAAUUACUUUCGUGUCAUGGGAACUACAAUGUCUUUUUAGAAGAGUGGGAGGAGAUGGUGAGCAUAACAGGGGUUAGGAGUUUUGGCUAUAGUUGAUCAGAUAUGAUUAAUUGUGUUGACAUACUAUACUGUCAUAGAUGCAUUCUUCAAUUUAAGAUUGUCAUCCAUGUUUUGUUUUGAUCUUUUAAUAGUUAUUCCAAUAUACUGUAGAUACUGCUUCCAAAGUCAUGCACCUCCAGCACACAUACAUUUUCAGACUGCCUCUUUUUGACAUCUUACAGAAUAGCCAGUUUGAAUACUGGAAAUGUUUUACACAAUAGCAAAACUUUCACUCUACUAUCUCUUUUUGUAUUUUCACAUAAUGUUUUAAAGCAGAGCUCGACAACUAAUGUAUUCAUAUAAUUCUAUUUGCUUUAAAAUCAAAUGUUGAAUAAACUUUUCGAAUGAUUUAUUAAAGAAAACAAAAAGCCGAGUGCUACAACUAGA